AUGCUUGAGACGGUCCCCGGUGGAGUAGAGUCAAUGAAAGAGCAGGUAGUAAAGUUCAUGGCAGAUAUAAAGCACCAGUUUUACACGCUCUAUGGUAACAGAAAUGUCAUUGAGCGUGACGUAGAAGAAGCCAGCGCAACCUUAAAUAAUACCGUUCUUCAAGUUUUACAAGCAGCACAUGAUGUGGAAGACACGACUGGUAUAGCUGUGAAAAAAGUACAAGUUUCCCUCAUUGACACCGUAGAUCAAGCCUUCGGGGACACCACGAAAUACGCCGACGCACUUCAGCAACAUAUCCUCGAGGCCACAGAAAAAGCACUCAAGUAUGUAAUAUUUGAUAUCCGCUCUCUCUUCGCCGAAGGCCACAAAGCCGACCUGGCUGCGCUCAAGACGCUCGUCGACGGGCAGAAGGAGGAGAUUGAGAAGAUCAUAAAUCAUGAUAAAGCGAAUAAUAUUAAGGGUCUGCUGCAAAAAAUAUACGGUGGCGUGUAUCCGAAUCCUCCAAGUCCUCCUAAACCCGAUGUAAAUAAUUUGCUACAUAAGCUGAAAAGUGCCCUACCCACUUCUCCGCCUGGCAAGGCAACUCCAGUUGACCUCAAGAAAUUCCCAGAGGUAGCUAUGGCAUUUAAUACGUAUGCCGAUGAUAUUCUUAUGUACAUCCAGGGCCAAGUCAUGACUCCCGGAUCUCCCAAGCAACCCACUGACCAGUCCACCAAGGUCGGUGACCUUAAAAAUGCACUUGACUUCCUGCUUCGAUUUAUCGCUAAUAAUGACACUAUCUAUCACUUUGAUGAUUACUUUGUCAAACUACUUGAUAAUCUUAAUUCCCAACUUACCUCCCUCUCUCCCUCCUUCUCCUCCCCCUCACCCCUCCUCGCCCUCCUCAAGGCCGGCCUCUCCGCCUUCACGCAGCAACUCGGCCACGCGUACGUGAACAGGUAUAGUGGGAGGAGGAUGGGUGAGUUGGUUGAAAAGAAACAGUCAUCUACAGACCAAAAGGCUACCAAAAAGCAACUUCCUGACACCUCAACCGAUAAUUACGAUUUAACCCCUGAGGGCCGCAACUGCGCCAAGGUCUGCCUGACGAUAGUGGAGAUGUUGACCAAAAAUUUUGUGGAGUUGAAAGAUGAAUGUCAAGUCUACAAAAGUAAGCAAAUUAACACGUAUGAUGAUAAUUUAUUUGGCGAAUGUUUUACGAAACGUGGUUUCACGGUGACAUCCGACAAGGGUAGGCAGCACGGCGAGUUACAAGACAAGAGUGACAUGACCGGCGAUGCAGUUUAUAAGAAGAUAACGGCAAAAGUUACAGGCGUCCAGAUGUUAACUUUCCUAAAAACAUGGAAAGAAGAACAACGCAGAAAACAUCCUCACAGGCAUCCAAAUGGUAACAUUCACCUCUUCGACGUUCUUGACUUCCUGCAAGGUUACGUCGUCACAUAUUACACAGUCCGUCACCUGGAACAUAUUCCAUCAGCUAAAGCACCGCGUAAUAUUUAUCAAAUGCUGCAAUGGCUGAGCGGCGUUCGAUAUUAUCCAAGUCUUAUUCCCCUGUUCCUUUGCUUCAAGGAUCUGUUUCCUAGACGUAAAGAAGACGAAGGAAAGGAUAUCAAGGCUAUAUCACCCGCUAGCGUAAAGCUCUCAGCAACAACUGAAAUCACGUAUGCGCACUUAGGAAGAAAAGUGUUUGUGAAUGUCUGUUUACACGCCCAUGAUGUCUUGGUUGCCAUCCUGGGUCACGGUCACGCAGGUGGGCGAUACGCUGUCGAUUUCAAAACCAACGAAGCAAAGUUGUUGUAUCCUAGUAAGGCGAGUGACUGUUUUGAUAUGCUCGUAGACAUUGCGUAUCGCGUGCAACACCAGCUGUAUUUCCUCUUCCAACAGUUUUACUUCGAAUCAUCGUACAGCUCAUGGCGCGACUGCCUCUAUGGCAGGGGAGUGGCCGGGUCAUCGUGGAAGUGCAAUACCAAGCAGUGCCCUAACCACGACUGCAACCAAACGGCUAGGCAAACGGCCAACCAAAUGGGUAACCAAACGUGUGACCAACACUGUGACCAAUAUCCCAUGUGCGACCUAAAAUCACCUUUGCAGUCAUUCUUGGAGGAUGGCUUACAAGGCUUCUUACCACAUCAAUUUACCAAGCCGGGCUGCAAACUGGAAUGCACGGCAGCCAAUCACAAAGCUAUUCCCUGUAAGACUCCCAUGGGCUUCGGUGAUAUAAGUAAUAUGGCAUCGCAUACGCAGAAGGGUACGCAUCUCAGAGAUGUUUUAAUAGAUUUCUGCGGGAAUUCUACUGCUCCCCUUACACUGAUGUGCGCUUAUUUCAACUGCCUGUUACAGCGUCCUCCUCAGAAUCUGGGUGAUAUGUUCGCGUUCUAUUACAACCUAAUGAAAGAGUGGAGUAAGAAUGAGACGCAUAAAAGAAAGGCAUUUGACGAAGCUGUCAGGAAGGCCAAUUUCGAAAAUCGAGGUACAACGCUCGAACUGGAUGAUGUCUUCAGUGCGCACAGUAACAUUAGCAGCAACCACGCUGGGAGGCAUCUGUCUAGCCUGGUGAACUGCGACGGUGAUAGUGGAUCAAAUUGCGGCCGGUAUUUGAAGCCCAUCAGCACCGACGUAUAUACUAUUUAUUCAUCGGAAUAUGCUGAUAAGUAUGUCUCAUGGAUCGUCUACCUCACUGAAACAUUCUAUGACUUGCUUAAGAAAUUAUACGACGAAUGUAACGGCAACUGCGGUCCGAAGGGAUCCAACUGCCACAACAAAUGCUGUGUCAAAGGGUGUCCAUCCCUCGUAAAAGAGUCGAAAAAUGUGACCCAUGAUGAAGGAUGCACGUCCAUUGUCCAGUGCAAGCAUACACUUCCAACCUUGUGCAGAUAUGGAUUCACGUUCUGGUACCAGACGAGGAUCAACGGCGAACAAGGCAUAGAAAAAAAACGUACCUGCAAGGAUUUGUGCAACGUGCUAGAGAGAGUGCUGAGUGACAAAGAAGCUGACCAAGCUCCACUCGCUAAACUAAUCUACGUCACAAUUCCUAACUUCCUCUUCGAAAUCCGCGCCCCCUUCAUCUGGCUCAAUGUCGCCCUCUGGCUCCUCUCUUUGUUGUACCUCCUCCACAUCAUGGUCAUCCGCCUAGACCUGCUCCACAUCAAAUCGCAUCUACAUAGUCCCUCGAGUCAUCGCAUAGCUGCUCAAUCACUACUCUCCGCUGCACGUGUUAACAAGCUUAACAGAGUGUUUUACCUGCAACCAUAA